GAGGAAGGCUGUGGAUGGGAUUAUGUGGCAGCCACCCCGCGCGGCUCGGCGGCCAGAGAAGGCCCUGCGCUCCCCCGCGCGCGCCGCGCUCCCCGGGCGGCCGUGAGAGCCCGCGCCCCGCGCCCGCGCCCGCGCCUGGCGGCCCAAUGCUCCUCCUCGGCCUCCUGCUGCUGACGUCCGCGCUGGCCGGCCGCAGACCCGGCACUCGGGCCGAGCCCAGCCUCAGCCUGGGCGGCAAGUUCCAGCUCCCCGGCGCCAAGGAGCAGAACGGAGUGCAGAACCCCCAGCAUGAAAGAGUUAUCACCGUGGCCACCAAUGGCAGCAUUCACAGUCCGAGGUUUCCUCACGCUUACCCGCGCAACACGGUCCUGGUGUGGCGAUUAGUGGCCGUGGAGGAAAACGUGUGGAUACAACUGACAUUUGAUGAGCGUUUUGGGCUGGAGGACCCGGAAGAUGACAUAUGCAAGUACGACUUUGUAGAGGUGGAGGAGCCCAGUGACGGAAGUGUGUUGGGCCGCUGGUGUGGCUCUGGGGCUGCACCAGGAAAGCAGAUUUCCAAAGGAAACCAGAUCAGGAUCAGAUUUGUGUCCGAUGAGUAUUUCCCUGCAGAGCCAGGGUUCUGCAUCCACUAUAGCAUUGUGGCUCCGAUAUUUAGAAUGAAUGGAAGAGGAAAUGAAAGUGGAAGAACUAAGUACAGCAGUGAAAUCCUGCUCUACAAGGAUCCUGUAUACUUAGCAAGUGGCACCUACAGACCACCAGGGACCUGGAGAACACAGCAAGUCACAGAGGCCGUGAGCCCUUCAAUGCUACCCCCUUCAGCCCUGCCGCUGGACCUGCUUAACAACGCUGUCACGGCCUUUAGUACCCUGGAAGAUCUCAUUCGGUAUCUGGAGCCAGAGAGAUGGCAGCUGGACUUGGAAGAUCUCUAUAGGCCUUCUUGGCAACUCCUUGGCAAGGCUUUUGUUUUUGGAAGAAAAUCCAAAGUGGUGGAUCUGAACCUUAUCAAAGAGGAGGUGAAACUGUACAGCUGCACGCCUCGUAACUUCUCGGUGUCCAUCAGGGAAGAGCUAAAGAGAACCGAUACCAUCUUCUGGCCAGGUUGCCUCCUGGUCAAACGCUGUGGUGGAAACUGUGCCUGUUGUCUCCACAGCUGCAGUGAAUGCCAGUGUGUCCCAAGCAAAGUCACAAAAAAGUACCACGAGGUCCUCCAGUUGAGACCAAAGACCGGUAUCCGGGGACUGCACAAAUCACUCACUGACAUUGCUUUGGAGCACCACGAGGAAUGCGGCUGCGUGUGUCGAGGGCACUCCCACUCCGGGGGAUAACGGGGCAGGCCAGCGCCAUUGCCCCACAGCGGUGCAUUCUGCUAGGGAAGUAGUGCCUUUCUCCAUCCUCUGUCUCCAUGGCUUCGAGGACCUUGCAUCGGCAGGGUGUGCAGUGCGUUCCACAGCAGGAGAUCACAGAUGGACUCAGGAGGUGCCCAGCAGUGCCUUUGAGAGGAUGCCCAGAGGACUGGGGAAAGCUCGCCCGCCGUGGAGUGGAGAAUAACUGAAUGCUAUAGGUCACGAGCUAGUUUCGGACUUAGAGUGUCCCUGCCUUGCUAGCAACGCCCUGUAAUGCAUCUGUCCUGAUGUGGCUUAAGUUAUGUCAGUAAGGAAAACACAGUGCCAGCGAACAGUUUGUUCUGUUUCUUUGCUUAACUAAAGCUCCUUGCGUCGGGCCUAAAAUCAUGGGGAAUCUGGAAUUUAUUUUUGCCUUAUUUUCACAUUUAUAAAUCAGAAUGUUCUAUAAACUUGGUAUUUCAAGAGGAACUGCCUUGCUAUGAAUUAAACUGGUGUCACGCUGAUAGGAGAGACUGGAUUUUCCAUAUUUUUGUAUUAAAAUAUCUGCCUUUUAGAAGAAGAGAACUACAUUCGAGGUUUGGAAGAGACAAACCCAGAGAGAAGAGUGGCCUUAUCUUCACUUUAACUCUAAGUUGGUUUAUUUGUUUUAUUGUGUACAUUUUCAUAUUCUCCUUUUGACAUUAUAACUGUUGGCUUUUCUAAUCUUGUUAAAUAUAUCUAUUUUUACCAAAGGUAUUUAAUAUUCUUUUUUAUGACAACCUAGAUCAACUAUUUUUAGCUUGGUAAAUUUUUUUCUAAACAGAAUUGUUAUAGCCAGAGAACAAAGUUGAUAUAAAGUAUUGUUGCUCUGACAAGAAAAAUACAUGUAUUUCCUUCUCAUAUGGUGCUAGAGCUUAGGUUAAUCUGUAUUUUAAAAUAUGGAAGUGGGAAACCAAUAGAACUGGUGAGUUGCAAACAUGUUUUGGAAAAUAAUUAUCAUAAUCCAAAUGCAAGAAAAAAGCAGCCUAUGAAAAGUAGACUUUCAGCUCCCGUCAUUAACAGCCAAGCCUUUUUUGGGAGGAAAUGAUCCCAGCUCUGAAGAACAUAUUUCACCUGGAUAAAAUGGUCAGAUUCCAGACACAGUCUCCUGUGUUGUACGGUAGGAAAGCAGCCUAUUUAUUUUGAUGCUAUGUGUUUUUUUUUUUUUUUCCUUACUCUUAAACUCUGUUCCAUACACUUGUAUAAAUACAUGGAUUUUUUUUUUUUUUAAAUGUACAGGAGUAUAUCCUUUAGCCAGUUCACUUAUUAUACUCUUUGGCAAUUGGAAAGAAAAUCAGUAAAAGACUUUGCUUGUAAAAUGCUUAAUAUCGUGCCUAGGUUAAGUGGUGACCAUUUGAAUUAAAAAUGUACUGAAUCAUCAAAUAAAAGAAGGUGGCUAUUUUGGGGAGACACUAA